CCGCUUAACGCGCGCUGUGAGCUAAUGAAUGUAGCAGAGGAGGGGAAAAAGAGAAGGAAAACUUCGGUAAAAAUGGCGGAAGGCACAACGUCUCUAAAAGGAUUGCGAGCACAAAUGGCUGCAGCAGCACAGGCACUGGCUGAAGAGCGGCGGAGCCUGGCAGGGAGCAGCCCAGCACCGAUUGCAACCAGCGCUGCCAAGAGCCAGUCUAAACCAGUGAUCGACGGAGCAGCACUUAGAAUCGAUGACAAACUCCGAGUAGCCAAAGAAAGGCGAGAAGAGCAAGAGAAGCAGCAAGCAGUGCGUGGGUCUCAGAUUCUAGAGCGGGAGCGUAAGGCCAAGCUUCAGGUUGAGAGACAGAUGGAGGAGAGACAAAGAAAGCUGGAGGAGCAGCGCAGGAAAGAGGAGCAGAGAAGAGCUGCUGUGGAGGAGAAGAGGAAACAGAAGCAGGAGGAGGAGAAGGAGCACUAUGAGGCAGUGAUGCGGCGCACUAUGGAGCGCAGUCAGAGACUGGAGCAGAGGCAGAAGAGAUGGUCCUGGAGUGGCAUGCCUGACUCUGAUAACAGAAAUGGUGAGAGUGACAGUGGCCCCACCUCCUCCCCCGUCACUGUAGUAAUCUCCCCAGCCUCUCCGGUCUCCAAGCCUCCCAGAAGCCACACACCACAAGACAAGCGUUCUUCCUCUACUACAAACCUCAAACAGCCCACAGACUCUUCUAUCAGCAAGCGCCUCUCCUCUUCCUCCGCCGCCCUCCUCAACUCUCCUGACAAAAGUGCAAAGCGGAGGAGUUCAUCUUUGAACCGGUUGCCUAGCAAUUUCCCUCGGGUUGCUAAGGAAGCGCAUAAGCAGCCUCAGGUGGAACAGACAGGCCCUGUCCUGAAGAAACGGAGCUCCUCCCUUUCCCGUGUGGGGAAUAGAGCUCCACCCACUGGCAAACCAGAGAAACCUGCACCCUUUGGAUCAGCCCAUCGCCCGUUGGCCAGUCCCAUGGACAGCAGUGUCCUCAGUCGUCUCCUCACCCCCACCCAGGCCUCGCUAGCUAGGAGCAAGAGUGCAGCAGCCCUUUCAGCCCAUGGAGCGGAUGAGACAGAGUCUCACCUGUGUCCUCGAUCAGUGUCGUCCACGCCGCUGCAGCCCUCUACCCGUGGCCCCCUGCGGAGUCGCAGCACCGACCGCCAAAAAAACGCUCCCAGUUCUACCUCUGCCUCUUCUGACUCCAUCUCCAACAUGUCUCAGAAAGCCGAAAAGGACAAGUCCUUCAUUUCACCCGCAGCAAAACGUCCUCCUUCCCCUACCCCUGUUCCCAGCCGCCAUCGCUCUCCUUCCCCAAGCCCCAUUGGUGGCCCCAGGAGAGCACCAUCACCUGGAGCAGCCAAGCAAAGCCCUCGUAAUCGGCCGCCCUCCCCCAGUGGGGUGAAGCAGAGGCCUCCAUCCCCUCAGCCCGCUUCCAAACCUCCACCUAUCCAGAAACCUGCCCUCACCCCAACUGGCCCUCCUAUCCUGAGGAAGAGAGAGUCCAAACCCAAAGAUGCAUCUCCAAUGACUGCUCUAACAUCACAGCCUCAAGAUACAAGCACUGCCAGCCCAGCCCCCAGCACCAAGCCCAAAGAUGAUCCUAGUCUGAAAACCAUGGCUGGCACUAACUCGGCUGCUGAAGCUGCUAAGAUCCUGGCAGAGAACAGACGUCUGGCUCGUGAGCAGAAAGAGAGAGAGGAACAGCUCAGGCUACAGAGAGAGGAAGAGGAGAGGAUAAGAAAAGAGGAGGAGAAGCGGCUGGCUGAGGAGGAGAGAGUGAGACGUUUGGAGGAGGAGAAGGUUCGAGCAGAGGAGAGAAAGAUGGAAGAAGAGGAGCAGGCUCGUAAGGCAGAAGAGGAGAGAGAGAGACUGGAAGUGGAGGAACAACAGAAACAAGCCGAGUUACAGAAAGAGCGAGAGGAGGCAGAGGCAAAGGCUCAGGAGGAGGCAGAGAAGCAACGACAGGAGAGAGAGCGCAUCAUGCAGCAGAACCAGCAAGAGCGCAUGGAGAGGAAGAAGAGAAUCGAGGAAAUUAUGAAGAGAACCAGAAAAAUGGACCAAAAUGAUUUCAAGGGUAACGAUGAGACAGGCAUUCCAGACGAGAAUGGUGACGAGGUUACUGACCAGCUAAACUGUGAAACCAAGGAGGACCAAUCAGAGCAAAACACAGAGGUCAUCAACCAAGCAGACAUCCAGGAGCAAGGCAUGUCUUCAGAAGAAGGCCGACUGGAAUCAGAAGAGCCACUUGAUGGUGUGAAUGAACAGACCAAAGUGGAUGACAAAGAAAACAACAAUGGCCUCAGCGCAGCACAGCCCACAGCCGUCAGUAAUUCUUGUCCGAAGGCACACCUGGUGGAGGGCUCGGAGUUUGUGAAUGAGGACUGUAAGAUGGGGCUGAAUGGGAAAGCAGGGUCCUGGAGCUUUGAAGAGAUCAUCGAUCUGGGAGUUCACACUAAAGGCCGGCCGCUCAUGGAGCCUGACGCCUGUAAUCAGAGUCUAAUAGACUGCGGUGUGGGACCUGAAGGACCCAGAGUGGCCUUUGAAGACAAGCCGGCACCUGUGAACUCCCUCCAUCCAGCUCAGCCCAUUGAAGCCCUGUCCGAGAUUUGAUUUGAUGACUUCAGCCAAGGACGCUUGCUAAUUGCACUCCAUGAUGUUUGUCUGGUUGAGUUCCAAAGUACCUUGUGCUCACCUGGACAGCCAGAGAAGCUCCGAAUCACAGAGGAAGGCCUCAACGUCUGCACCUCCGAAAAUAAAGUCGAAUAUUUGUUUUUUGUGUUUUUUUUAAAGGUUAUAGCUGAAAAUAAGAAACAAACGCUUCAGGGAAACAUCAUCUUCCUUUAUGCUUAAUUUUCUGUUUUCCUGACUCUCUUUCUUUUCAUUGUUGGCAUCUUGUCUGUUUUUUUACUUUUUUUUUUCCUCUCCUCUUCUCAUUAAUGUUAUUUAGAUUUUUUUAUGUUGAGUCUUUUGUAAUUUAUUCUUCUGACUUUGCAUUUUAUGACUUGUCCCUUUCUGUAUUUGUCAAUUUUUUUUUUUCCUUAUUUGCAUUCCAUUGUAUUUCAAUAUUAACUGUUGCAAGUGAUCCCAAACGGUCAGUGGACCUAAGCAGAAAUGAGCAAUUAAUGUGAAGUAACGCCACUGAGGUCAGAAUAGGAACACCUCCAGCUGUCUCUCACACUGGUAUAAAAAUGUUUGUGAACCGAGUAGUGCUCAACAACAGUAAUGCACACAGCCUUGGCAGUGGUUCCUUCAAGUUACAUUGACGCAUGUGGCACCUUAUCUGCAUUUUCCAGCUUCUGCCCAAUCUAAUGUGAGGACUCGGGCCAAUCGGCUGGUCAUUUUCCUCUCUCCUGCUGUGAAGCAUUGUAUAAAUCCUAACCGUAACCAAUCUUAGUCAAGAUAUUUCAUGAAAAGGUGACAAAAUGGGAUCUGGUUAAAAGUGCUGAAUUUCAAGCUAAGCCGAUUCCUUGUCAAGUUGCUUUAAUCUGUAAAGGAUCAUGGUGCUUGAGGCAAAAAAAAAAAAAAACAAAUCUUGCAAACAUUUAUAACUUGUUGAAUGUAGUUUUAACAUUGUAAGUUUCCGGUUGGUGGCUGUUGCCCUAUGUUGCCAUUUUCCCCUACAUCUAUCUCUACAUGAGUGUAAACAUGGUUAGGUAUUCACAUAAAGUCUCAUUUAAGACCAUCCCGAAACUAAAGUACAUCUUUGACUGUCAGCGUGAAUCUGUAAUUAUAGCACACAGGAAUUACUGUAAUCUGUUAAUAACUGCACAUUUCGAUGAGCUGUUUAGGUGCAUGAUGAUGUUCCUUUUAGGGUGUUAGGCAGAGGCAAUUCUCUGUUCUGUUUUCAAAGCUUGAAUCAUUGCUAGUGUUGUGUAAAACCCCACGUUCCCUCAGGGUCGUACUUUUGUCAGGUCCUAAAGGGUUUUGGAGACUGCCGUUUUAUUUCUGCUCCUCUCGUUUUGUUUUGGGUUUUUUUUGUUUUUUUU